AUGCACCUCACUGCUGGGAAGUGGCAUUUGCGGACCUUUCUGGUCUUCACUAUCUUUGCCCUGUUAAUAGGCCAGUCUGCGGCUUCUCUGGGAGACAGGCUCCCUGAAUUUAAAGAAUGUGUCAAGGUGUGCCAAAUUGAGAAUUGCGAGAAUGGCCGCUCAAGCCUGCCCUUAUACCUCCGUCUCAUGCUAUGGACAUGUCCCGCCGAAUGCGACUACACUUGCCAGCACAUUAUCACCGAUCGCAGAGUCGCCCGCGAGCCGCCCAUGCUGACGCCAGUGGUACAAUUUCAUGGGAAGUGGCCUUUUCGGAGGAUCCUGGGCAUGCAGGAGCCAUUCUCUGUCCUUUUCUCCUUCUUCAACUUCAUGGCUCACCACCAAGGAAUGGCGAAAGUUCGGGAGUCGAUUCCAUCUUCAUACCCUCUUCGCAAAUACUAUCUUGGAUUUGGAUACUGUGGCCUGGCAAGCUGGACUUUUAGCAUGCUGUUCCACACGAGGGAUUUCCCGUUGACAGAAAAGCUGGAUUAUUUUGCGGCCGGCGCCAGCGUUAUGUAUGGGCUUUUCCUGUCCGUCGUCCGGAUCUUCCGUCUCGAUCGAGAGAGCCCACGAUACAAGCCAAGUCUGCGACGCUACUGGAUUACCUUGUGCAGCGUCCUGUACCUGAUGCAUGUUUCUUACCUGAGCUUCUGGUCUUGGGAUUAUACGUAUAAUAUGGCGGCAAACGUUGUCGUGGGAAUCAUUCAGAACAUACUAUGGGUCGGUUUUAGUAUCUAUCGAUACCGGAAACAGCUUAAGUCCUGGACUGCCUGGCCUGGAAUGAUUGUUGGGUGGAUCAUCCUCGCAAUGAGUCUUGAGUUGCUGGAUUUUCCUCCGUGGCACGAACUUAUUGAUGCUCAUAGCCUUUGGCAUCUGGGAACCGUUUUACCCACAGUCUGGUGGUACUCUUUCCUCAUUACAGAUGCCCAGGACGACAUGGCCGGGGAGCGACUAAAAUCUUAA